AUGCUAAGUGCAGUGGGAAGUAUUCUCCUCUUUGUUGCCACUGGUGAAGCUGUGAUGGGAGUUUUAGGGAACACAUUCAUUGCACUUGUGAACCUCACAGACUAUGCCAAGAACAAGAGGCUUUCUAAGAUUCGCUUCAUUCUCACUGGCUUGGCAACUUCCAGGAUUUGUCUCAUAUGGAUAAUAACUGUUGACACAUACACAAAGUUGUUCUCCACACAUACACUUACCUAUGGCACACUAUAUGAAUACAUCAACUACCUCUGGGUAAUUAUGAACCACCUGAGCAUCUGGUUUGCCACUAGCCUCAGCAUCAUCUAUUUUCUGAAGAUAGCAAAUUUUUCUCACUAUGCUUUUAUCUGGUUGAAGAGGAGAGCUGAUGGAAUUUUUAUCUUUCUAAUAGGAUGCUUGUUUGUCUCAUUGCUUAUUGAUACUCCAAAAAUUGUGAAGAUGUUUAAUGAUUAUAAAAUGCAAUAUAGAAACGGUUCCUGGUCCAUUCACCUACAAGCAAAAGAGUUACUUAUUAACUACAUCUUUUUUCAGUUUGGAAUUGUUUUCUACUUUUUGAUAUCUGCCAUUACAUGUCUCCUCUUGAUCAUUUCCCUUUGGAGACACAACAAGCAAAUGCAAUCCAGUUUCUCAGGAUUCCAAGACCUCAACACAGAAGCUCAUGUGAAAGCCAUGAAGGUUUUAAUUCCUUUUAUCAUCCUCUUUAUCUUGUAUUUUGUAGGUUUGGCCAUAGAAAUAGUAGGCUUCUUUUGGCAUAAACUGCUGUUUCUUUUUGGUGUGAUAAUUAUGUUCAUGUAUCCCUGCUGUCACUCAUUUAUUCUAAUUCUAGCAAACAACCAACUGAAGAAAAGUUCUUUAAGGUUAUUGCAGCAGUUGAAGCGCUGGAACAUUGGAGAUCUUAGAAAAAAAUAA